GUGCCUGACGAUUCCAUUCCUGGUAUAGAUAGACACGUGCGUCGUGGGGGCUGCCUCCAGACCACUGGAUUUUUUUUACGAGGAACCGCACCGAUCGGGAGCUAGCUACCGGGGGCUGAUCAUGAAUUCCCCCGCAGGACUUUCCCCAACCCUGUGGCUGUGUGUGGCAGUUGUCUCGGUCUUUCUCUACCCUGCUGAAGUCGUGUGCCAGACCCACCAAUGGAAGAACAGAUACUCAUCCUGUACAAAGCAGUGCGGUGAAGGUAUCCAGACUCUACAGAAGUAUUGUUUUACCACGGAGCAGAUCCCCAAGCCAGCCCUGGAGUCCUUCUGUAGUGGCAUUCCCAUCCGAGAGAAGGACGUCAUCUCCUGCAAUACGUUCCCCUGUGGCACCUGUGAACGGACCUACACCAGCCCAAGCGGAACCAUCACUUCGCCCCAUUACCCGGACAAGUUUUCGAUACCGCGGUACUGCCGGUUGUUCAUCACCCUACCCCCUGAUAACCGGGUCCUGCUGGGUUUCUCUGAGUUUGUUCUGGAGGGAUUGAAUUUGGCUGCCUUUUCGGACUUGGAGGAGAGUACCGUUUGCCUGUGUGGUACGCUAGUGCAGAUUACCGACCAGGAGCAAAAUGGACUGACAGAAGAUGCUACUGAGACGAGAGAAGCUGGGGCUAUCCUUGAGGGCUGGAUGACUCCUGACUCCUUGGCUAUGGAGAUGCUCCUCACAGAGUACAGGCAAUCAUUACUGCUCCUCCAGUGA